GGAGACAGUCGUGGAAAUGGCGCCCAACGCGGGGAUUCAGUCGGCGUAGCGCUAAUUUUGUGGUUCACUCCCUUGUUCCGAAUGCGUGCCCGGGAAUUAUUUGCGGCGAUAUUAGCUUCUCGAUAAGGUGGUAACGUCGCGAGAACCUUCGAGCCCUCGUACCACUGCUCAGGAUACUUCAGGAUGCAACCUCCUCCCCGAAAGGUGAAGGCGUACACCCAGCUGAGGAACAUCCACAACGAACAGAUCACCAAGUUACAGACGAAGCAUCAGCAGGAUGUGGAAUUACUCGAGGACCUACGAAAUUUCACAAAGAUUCGAGCCACGGUCGAAAAGGAAUACGGCAACGCCCUGCUCAAGCUAGCGACAACUUAUCUCCAGAGGAAACCGCCUCCGGGCAUCGAACUCAAGAGCGAAGACAACCAAGAUAACAAGACCGUAUUCGGAGUGUGGAGGAUGCUGCUAGACGAGACGGAGAAGAUCGCCAAGGCACGGCUGGCCGCCGCCGAGGUCUUCUCGCAGCAGAUCUCGGAGAACGCUAAGAACGUGCGUGCCAACAAACUACAAGUGGCCAAGAAGUGCUUUGAGAGUCUUCGACGCAUCCAAGAGGAAGUACAACAAUGCGUCCAAGAGGUGGACAAGACCAAGAAACUGUACUUCGAGGAGGAGCACAUGGCGCACGAGGCCAGGGAAAAGGCCCAGGAUGCAGAGGAGAAAUUAAAAAAGAAGAAAGGAAGAAUAUUUCAGUCCAUUACAUCGCUACAAAAGAAUAGUCAAAAGUUCUCCUCGCGGAGGGAGGCGUGUGAUAUCCAGUCCACCAAAGCGCGUAACGACUACAUCAUGGCCCUCGUGGCCGCGAACGCCCACCAGACGAGGUUCUACGAGAUGGACCUUCCAGAUAUCCUUCAGUCCCUAGAUUGCGACGUGUCGGAGAAAGUGAAAGAGUACAUUCAGCUGAUGAGCAGGACAGAGCUGCUAACCGUGACCGCCUGCAACACAUCCUUCACGAGGAUUCUCGAAGACGCCGGUCAUAUAACGCGCCAGUACACGGUGGAAUGCUUUCUUCAGGAGAACCAAGUUCUGGGGAAGCCCGUCAUGUACGAAUUCGACCCGUGCGACAACGACCAAAUCCAGGCCAUCUGCACGGAGCACCACGCGGACAUCUGCCUGAGCAAGGACGCCAAGAAGUGGGCGUCCGCCUUCAUGAAGGACUGCCGCACCCUCAGGGACGCCAACAAGGAACUCAACAGGAUACUCGGCCAGAUCGCCAAGGGAGAGAAGACCAUGGAAUCGGUGACAGGAGAGCAAGAAGACAUCGAGUUGAAACUCGAAGAUAUUAGGAACACCAUCCGCAAAGCCGAGACCAGUAAACUGAAGGCUGAAGCCCGCCUCGAAGCGUUGCGGGAAGGUGGCGUGAACGUGGACGAGUUCCUCAACUCCCUGGACAUCGACUCCCUCCAGAUCGAGGACCUGAGCCGGAAAGGCAGCACCGCGUCGCGGGGAAGUCGGAAGAGCUCGCGAUCGGACCUCAACUACGAAGACCAGAGCGAGACGAACGAGUCCUUCUACGAAAGCGACUUCGACGGUUCGUCGGAUGCUUCGGCGAACCAGCCGACGUCGUUUGUGGCAGGGACGUCGGACUCUGGCGACGACGUCGCCGUCGAGAAGGCGCCCGCCGCGGCACCCAUCGGGGGGUUGUUCUACGAGCAGGACCCCACGGCCGUCGUCUGGGACGAGGCGCCGGACGUGUCCACGUCGGCCGUGGACGUGAGCGAUGUGGACGGCAGCCGACUGGAGUACCAGGGAGAAGACCAGGAACCUCAAAGAGCUCAAGAGAGGGAGGACUCGUUGCAAGUGUCCGUCAAGUGCUUCGGGCUCUUUUCGUACGAGGCCGCUAACCCGGAUGAACUCAGCUUUGUGGAGCAAGAGGAGAUGGAGAUCAUCUCGGAGGGAGACGGCGACGGCUGGAUCAAGGCUCGCAACUACAAGGGCGAGGAAGGCUUCAUUCCCCAGAACUACGUGGAGAUCGUGGACGCUCAGCAGGCCGGGGCGUCCGGAGAGUCCUUCUCGAGCGUGGACUACCGCGUCGAGUCCAGCGAAGAGGUGAGCGGCGACGCUGAAUCUGCCGAAGCGUCCGGGCCUCCCGAAGCUGCCGCCGCAGAAGAGGUCAUCCCUCCCACGGACUUCCCCACGAGCCUCGCGCCACCCGGAGAAACGCGUCUCAGCACGGUCUACUGCCGCGCCAUCUAUGACUACGAGCCGAGCGGCUCGGACGAACUGGCCUUCCAGGAGGGACAAGUGAUUCGGAUUCUGCGGAAAGUAGUGCACGACGACGUUGACGACGGUUGGUGGGAGGGCGAGAUCGACGGCCAGGUGGGCAUCUUCCCGUCCCUCAUGGUCGAAGCCCUCAAGAUAACCGGAGAACCGCAGACGCCCAUGGACGAUCCGAGCAUGGACGCUCUUCCUCCUCCACCGGCCUUCACUCCGCCCAAACCCGCGUUCCUCGUGUCGCAAACCCCCGGCCAAGAGCAAGCGGACCAGGAAGCGCCCGACGGCACGGCGGUGCAAGCUCCGGAAGAGGCGACGAGUUACGCGCCUUUGGUGUCUAGUCCAGAAACUCCACCCACCCAGGAAGCAACUGCCGCCACAGAAAAAGUCGAGUCUCCAAAAGAGGAACAGAAGAAGCUGCCGCACCAGCAAAAGGUCACAGUCGUCAUCGAUUCUCCAGACGAGCCGCCACGUGAGUUCGCGGACAGCGACGAUGAGGACCAGGACAACGCAGACCAGUCUUCUGUCGUCGAAGCCGGGGACGUGGCGGCUGCUGAAGAAGCCGACGCUGUGCUCCAAACGGCCGAUGACGCCGACAAGCCUGCUGAAGCACCUGAAGCUGUUGAAGAUCAGGGGGCUGCAUCCGGGUCAAGGACCGAGGCAUCUCAAGAGCCAUCGCCCAAAGACCAGGACGCUGAAGCUGUUCCUGCCGUAGUUGAUUCUCAGCCUGAACAUCCGUGUAGCGCUGAAGAGACUGUUCCCGCCACGGUAGGCGAUGGUUCUGAUGAAAGCGCAUCGGCCCCAGCUGAGCAGUCUGAGGAACUCGCAAAGGCGGAUGAAGAGAACAACAACGCGGCUGAAUAA